ACAGGGGGGAACGGAGAACUGAGGGGGAGUGAGAAGUUUAGGGAAGAGCCCUCUUUCCCUCAGCUGCUGACGCGGAUGGGACUGUUUGUGCAACGACGCAGCGGCCCAUCGAAAAUCCAACAAUGUUAUCUGGGAUUAUAACUGUUUGGACCAUUCUUGCGGUAGCACAAUGUUACUUCUCCGAGGAAAAUUAUUCCGACGAGUCAAAGAUGCAGUCGCCCACGGUCGUUAUAGUUAUAAUCGCACGGAACGCCGCCCAUUCUUUGCCAUAUUACCUCGGAGCUCUCGAGAGAUUAAACUAUCCCAAAGAGCGCAUCUCUAUCUGGGCAGCAACAGACCACAACAUUGACAACACAACAGCAAUCCUGCGAGAAUGGCUCACCGUCAUGCAAACACAAUAUCACUAUGUGGAGUGGAGACCUUUAGAAAAACCCACGUCCUAUGCGGGCGAGCUGGGACCCAAGCACUGGACUAAUGGGCGCUAUGAGUAUGUCAUGAAGCUCAAACAGGCAGCGCUGAACUUUGCCAAGAAACGAUGGGCUGACUACAUUCUGUAUUCAGACACAGACAACAUCCUGACCAACCCGGACACCCUGAACCUCCUGAUGGCGGAGAACAAGUCUGUUAUUGCCCCCAUGCUGGAUUCACAGUCAGCAUACUCCAACUACUGGUGUGGCAUCACUCCACAGGGCUAUUAUCGUCGUACCGCUGAGUACUUCCCCACAAAGCACCGUCAAAGACUGGGCUGCUAUCCUGUCCCGAUGGUCCACUCCACUAUCCUGCUGGACCUGCGCAAACAGGGCACCAGGGAAGUGUCCUUCCACCCGCCUCACAAAGACUACUCCUGGCCCUUCGACGACAUCAUCGUUUUUGCCUUCUCCUGCAGGAUAUCAGAGGUUCAGAUGUAUCUGUGCAACAAGGAGCGUUAUGGGUAUGUGAACGUACCGGCGAAGCCUCAUCAAACGGUCGAGGAUGAUCGAAUCAAUUUCGUCCACCUUUACCUGGAAUCUUUGAUCCAUGGGCCGCCCAUGUACGUCUCUCGUUAUGUCCACGUUCCUCCCAAACAGUCCGAUCUCAUGGGUUUUGAUGAGAUCUACUUGGUAAACCUGCGCAGACGUCCAGACCGCAGGGACAGGAUGUUAUGGUCGUUGUAUGAGCUUGAGAUUGAUGCUAAAGUUGUGGAUGCCAUAGAUGGAAGCGCUUUGAACAGCAGCGACAUUAAGAUUUUAGGUGUGGAUCUCUUACCUGGUUACUAUGACCCUUUCUCCGGGCGAACGCUGACUAAGGGAGAGGUCGGCUGCUUCCUGAGCCACUACUACAUCUGGAAGGAGAUGGUAGACAUGCAGCUAGACAAGGCGCUGAUCUUUGAGGAUGACAUACGUUUCCAAGCCAACUUUAAGCGCCGUCUGAUGCGGCUGAUGGAGGAGGUGGAGCAGGCGGAGCUGGACUGGGACAUCAUAUACCUGGGCAGGAAAAAGGUGAACCCUGGAGAGGAGUUGGCAGUGGAGAAUGUGAGGAGUCUGGUGCACGCCGAUUACUCCUACUGGACACUGUCUUACGCCAUCUCUCUCCAGGGAGCUCAGAAGCUCCUCAACGCCGAACCCAUAUCCAAGAUGCUUCCUGUGGAUGAGUUCCUACCCAUCAUGUAUGACAAGCACCCAAAUGAGGACUACAAAUCCCAUUUUCCCAAUCGGAAUCUGAUGGCGUACUCCACACACCCUCUUCUGGUGCAGCCCUGCCAUUACGCCGGGGACCCGGAGUGGGUAAGUGACACCGAGACCUCUACGUUGUGGGACGAUGACAACGUGCGCACGGACUGGAGGGGGUCCCAUAAAACUCUGAAAGGUUCGCAGCCACCGGCCGGUCUGCAGAGCGCCACCUACAAGGACGAGUUGUGAAGUACCUGUACAGACCCAAAGCAUCAGAAACGGGUGGAGAGGUUAGAAUGAGUGCGCAGCUCUUUAUGAGGGGACACGUCACUCAUCAGGGAGACCUCAAAACUGUGGACGAGACGAGCGAGACCUGGGACCAAACAUUAGGUGGACACUUUCACUCCACAACAACAAAAAUCGAUUUUUAAAUCAGUAUUUUUCUUGUUUUCCAGUCUAAAUAUCUUCAACAAGAUACAUUUUCUUGUUAAGUAAAAGAAAAAAGAUAUUUAAUUGCAAGCUAUUUAGACGUCUUCAGAUGAAAUACCUUAAA